UCUUGAAUCACAUUCUUUUUACCUUCCUUAUUUAGAAAUGGUUUGAUCCUAAGUUAACUUGGAAUCCCAACGAUUUUGAUAAUGUUACUUUAUUGCACAUUAAAUAUGAUAAAGUUUGGCUACCAGACGUUGUUCUUUAUAAUAAUGCCGAUAAAUUAGCAUCGUUAAGUCAAAUAUCGACGAAUGUUAUGGUCAAUUCAGAGGGCAUGGUCGAGUGGCUAUCAACGGGAAUAUUUCAUUCAAGCUGUAGUAUUGAUGUUCGAUAUUUUCCAUUUGAUGAACAAAAUUGUACAUUAAAAUUUGCCUCAUGGUCUUAUGAUUCAGCACGUUUGAAUUUAAUGCAAAAAUCAAAUCAGGGUGAUAUGUCAAAUUUCAUGUCCAAUUCAGAAUGGGAAAUUAUCUAUUUACAUGUGAAACGAAAUGUUGUCAAAUAUUCUUGUUGUCCGGAAACAUUUCCCGAUUUAACUUAUACCAUACAAAUGAGACGUCGCCCAUUAUUCUAUGUAUUCAACAUGUUACUGCCGUGUUUUCUAAUUACAAUUGUAGCCUUUUUGGGAUUUUGUGUACCGUCGGACUCGGGAGAAAAAGUCAGUAUUGGUGUUACAACGUUACUAUCCAUGACCGUUUUCUUGAUGUUGCUUAAUGAAUCGAUGCCACCUAAUUCAGACGCAUUGCCACUAAUUGCUAUGUCAGUGGCUUCACUCAAUUUAUAUCAUCAUGGAAAACAUUAUUCACAUUCUGUUCCCAGCUGGAUGGCACAACUCUUCUUUUCAAUAUUACCUAAAAUAUUAUUUAUGAAAAUUGAUGUACCAGAUCAAUGGCUUGAUCGUUUAAUUCUACAGAAGAGAGGAUUUAAAGUUAUGAAAAGUGAUGUAAAUAAUAUAAAUGAAAAAUCACAUUUACGAAAGAACAAUAAUUACAAAGUGCAUAAAGAACUGUUGUCAAAUGUUUACGAAGAACAACAGAAUCAUAUUCCACAACCGUCAGACUAUAGUUUCACCUCUCCGCCUCUUGUUUUACGUGCCUAUAAUAGCUCAAUAACACGAGAUCGUAAUCAUCUACACAUAUCUAAUGACAAUUAUACGAAACCAUAUGAUCAAACAUUAUAUCGAUCCUAUUUAAAAUCCAUCGAAUAUAUUCAUCGUCUAGUUAAACAAAACGAUCAACGACUUCAACAACAAGAACAUAAUGUGAAUAUUGGCCAAGAAUGGCAGAUAUUAGGGCGUGUUCUCGAUCGUCUAUUAGUUUAUUUAUUUUUAAUUGAAAUGGAUUUUGUUCGAAAAGAAACUGAAAGAGCCGCUCCUGCCAUAUUAUUUCAAGAAAAUCUUUUUCGUCAUCAACGUACGAAUAAAAAUGGAAGUGAAAGAUGGGUUUGUACAGUUAAUGAUUGUUCUUGUUCAAUUGUUUUAAAAAACGCCGAAAUAAUGUGUUUAAAUGGUAUCCAUGCGCAUAAAAACACACAAUUUUCGGCGCAUUUUGAUCAAGUUAUAUCUGGUGUUAAGCGUAAAGCUGUUGAAGAUCGAAAAACACCGAUUCAACAAAUUUAUGAUGAUGAAGUUAUAAAAUUUAGACGACAAUAUGGAACAGCUUCUGCAGUGCCGGUUUUUGAUUAUAUUCGUCCAACAGCAUAUCGUAAAAGACAAUCAGUUUUGCCACCGCUGCCAAAAUCAAUAUCGUCGAUUGUUGUUCCUCCACCUUUAAAAAUCACAUCAAUGGGACAAUUUUUUUUAUUUUGUGAUACACCAGGAAAUGAUAAAAUUUUAGGUUUUGCUUCUCCAGAUGCAAUGCGAUUUCUAGGAUCAUGUGAACACUGGAACGCCGAUGGAACAUUUCGGACUGCUCCCAAAAUGUUUUAUCAAUCGUAUAGUAUCCAUGCUUGGAAUGACUUGAGCAUGAAACCACUAGUUUUUGCCGCAAUGCCAAAUAAAUUUGGUAAAUUGUAUGAAGAAUUACUUCGACCAUUAGUUCGAUAUGCCGAUAGCUUAAGUGUGACUUUAGCUCCAAGAUCAGUUCUCAUUGAUUUUGAACAAGGUGCACUUAAUGCAUUUGAAGCUGUCUUCCCAGGUAUUGAUGUUAAAUUAUGUCAUUUCCAUUUUGGACAAAAUAUCUGGAAACGAAUUCAAAAGUAUGGAUUGGUAAAAUUAUAUAAAGACAAACAGAUACGUCAACAAUUAGCCAAUAUUCUGAGUUUACCAUUGAUGCCACCGGAUGAUGUGACUGGAUUAUUUGUAGAUAUAGUUGAAGAACCUAGUAAUUUAGAUAAUAAGUUUUUAAAAUUAACAGAUUAUAUAUUGAAAAAUUAUAUUGAACAUGCGAGAUUUCCUAUAGAAAAAUGGAACCAUUUUGAUUUAAUAGAAGAAAGGCCACGUACAAAUAAUCACGUAGAAGGCUACCAUCAACAGUUAAAUGCGUAA